AUGAAGGGCGGCGGAGCCAUCAGGAGCGGCGGCGGGGGAGGCGGCGGGCUGAUGCGGACGCGGCUGCGGCUCCCCGUGGUGCUCCUCUCCUGCUCCCUCUUCUUCCUCGCCGGCUUCCUCGGCUCCCUCCUCUUCACCCAGGAUCCGCAGGGGGAGGAGGACGUGGAGCGGCCGCUGCGGAGGGAGCGGCUCAUGGAGGCGGUCUGGCCGGAGAUGGCGUACGGGGAGUCCGGCGAGCCCACGCCCUCCUUGAUCCCUUACCAGAUUUUGAGCUGGCAACCCCGUGCAUUAUAUUUUCCACAAUUUGCAACAGCAGAACAGUGUGAGAAUGUAGUAAAAACUGCGAAGGCACGGCUUAGGCCAUCAACAUUGGCCUUAAGGAAAGGAGAAAGCGAGGAGACUACCAAAGGAAUAAGGACAAGCUCAGGCACAUUCCUUAGUGCCGAAGAAGAUCCAACUGGAGCCCUUGCAGAAAUUGAAACGAAGAUUGCAAAGGCUACCAUGAUGCCAAGAAGUCAUGGAGAGCCAUUUAAUGUCCUUCGGUAUGAGAUUGGACAGAAGUAUGCUUCACACUAUGAUGCAUUUGACCCGGCUCAAUAUGGUCCACAAAAAAGUCAAAGGGUGGCAUCUUUCUUGCUCUACCUCACGGAUGUCGAGGAAGGUGGAGAAACCAUGUUCCCAUAUGAGAAUGGGGAUAAUAUGAACAUAGGCUACGACUACGAACAGUGCAUCGGCUUAAAGGUGAAACCGAGGAAGGGGGAUGGCCUCUUGUUUUACUCCCUUAUGCUAAAUGGUACCAUUGAUCCGAGCCAAAUAUGUCUGUGGAUUUCUAACUCUAUUGUCGAUGUGCUGCUGCAGACUUCACUUCAUGGAAGCUGCCCAGUGGUCAAAGGAGAGAAAUGGGUCGCCACAAAAUGGAUUAGAGACAGAGGCUCCACGUCCUAA